AUGAAAGACCUACAAGUCACUCAGGAAACAUCAACAGCCCUGCAGAGUCAAGUCCCUGAGCAGGAAGAGAAAAUGGAGAAACAAACCCAAAGAGAAGAUAUGCAUGCCCAUCUCUCAAGAAUACAGCAAUCUCUAGUACAUUUUUUUCCAAAGGUUAUACAUUCAGGUAGAAAAGUACUGCCAUUGUCACAGUCAUCAUCCAGCGAAAUACUUCUCACUCACUAUCUGCCUUGCUCUCAGAUUAGUGGACUAUCUUUAUCAACAACUGCACCCAAGUCUUCUAAAUCAACUACAGUGAGCCAUUUCCAAUCAGAAAGCACGGAAGUCAACAGCUUCAUAGGUCCAAAUAACAAGACUCCGUCAUUCCAUGAUUCUGAGCCAGCUAUGAUUGGGGAUGGGGAGGAUUAUUUCCUAUCUUUGUUUGGUGAUUCUGAGAAACUUAAUGCACAAUCAUCCCUUACAAAUAAAAAGUGGAAGCCUGAGUCUAUGAGUGAUGAAGACGUGGGCCAAGAUAGAUCCAGUGCUAUUGGAGACAUUCAAAUAGCUGACGUGAAGGAUUUAUUUGUGAAUCUCAUUAACUCUUCUCUUCACAAAGAACUGGAGAUUGGAAAUCAUAUUCUCCAGCAAAACAUGAAUGGACAAACAGUCUCUCGAUACCGAUUCCCUCCAAAUAUCACAAUGCAAGCCAACUGCACAGUAACAGUCUGGGCAGCAGCAUCUAAAGCAAAGCAUCAGCCACCGUCAGAUUUUCUUUGGAAGGAAGAAAACAAGUUUAGUACAAACCCAAACUGUACAACAAUCCUGUGCAAACCUAAUGGUGAGGCCAUUGCCUGGUACACUCCUAUUCACUGGAAGCAAGCCUGGGAGAAAUUAGACACUGACAUUGAAUUGGAGAGAUGCUCAAUAGUAAGUCCAACAUCUCAAAAGCAUAUAUUUCGUUGGCCAAAAGCUACAACUACAAGCAAAGAAAAACAUAAUCAAUCUGUGGAAGAUACCUCACGCUUUCAGAUGGAACCAGUUCUAGCUUUUCUUAAGAGAGAAAAAGAAGUCCCACCAUCUCUUUUCCCCAAUCACAGCCCUUGGUGCCACAGUCCCAAUGUUCCUGCACAUCCCUACUGUCCUCUGAUUGAACCUCACAUUACCAGCUUGGCUGAAUGCACCUUGAAAAGCCAGCCCAGUCUUCAACCAGCCAGGUCGGAUCCAGCUCUGCACCCCCUCCCUCCUCAACUCAAGUCGGGGUCAGUCGCCAAACACUAUCAAGUGCUACAAGAGAUUCUCUUCUCCAAGAAGCACGAUGGCGAACGUUUCUGCACCGCAGCUUCAUACUGGCUAAUUGUUGCAUUUUUUAAAAAAACAAACUUAGAUUUAAACCAGGAGGAAUGGUACAUCUUAACAUUUCCCGAAUCCUCUUUGUUUCGGUUUCAAGCUAACGAGGUCUUACUAGUGAUCAUGCAAAAGCCUUUUUUGAACACGCCAAGUCGCAAGUCAUUGGACAGGGCUGUAGCUGCGUGUCCAGGUCUCACGUGGUGCCUCUGCGAGCCACCCAGAGCGUUUGCUCGGGUGAACCCCUUAAAACUUUUGUCUUUUCUUUCUGUGGAAAGCAAAAAGAUCCAGUCUAAAAGGGUUGGGCUUCAGCUUGCCAAAACUGAUCCUUGUGGGAGACCGCCGGCGUCCCAGAGGACCGCAGCAGGACUCCAGGCUUCAAAAGGUCCCCGAGUUCAAGCGAUUCUGGCUGUCGCCGCUCCGCGAUCGCCACCCACUGUCCCCGCCUGCGGCCCCGGUGCCCGUGCGCAAGCCGAGGGGGAGGGGCGCUCCCGGCCGAGGUCGCCGCCCGGUUGA